AUGACUCUUGAAAAUACAAAUGCUGAAGAUUUUGAUGAUGCUGUCAAAGUCGAAAUUAUAAAAGAUAAAAUGGCAAGAAAAUAUGCACCAGUACCACCUCAAAAUAAUUUUAUAAAUCCAGCAGUUAAUAUUGAUAAAAGAUUCCAACCUUUUGAUAAUCCUGAUACCUAUGAAGCCCGAAUUCGUCUACUGUUAUUAGGUGUAGCAAAUGAUAAUGCACAAGUAUUAAGAACUCUUAAAACUCAUUUAUCAGGUGAUCAAAAACUUUAUAGUUGGAUGAGAAAUGAAAAUAUAGCAGCAAAGCAGAAUGUUAGUAUUAUAUCACAAUCUAUAGUUUCACAACCAGUAUUUCCCUCAUAUGAUGAAAUGCAAAAAUCAUUUCAAGCUAUAUUAGAAAAACAGAAGGCUGAAUCCAAGGUCAAGAUUGAAAAAUUGAAAACUGAAUUUGAAUUAAAAAUGAGCCAGCAAUCCAAAAAAUCUUACCCUUCAGUUCCACCCAAAGAUUAUAAACAAAUACAUAAAUUUUAUACAGAUCAGGGAGAUCCUAGAUGGUUAAAUCUUUUUAAAGAGGAAGCACUACAAUAG